ACACACACUCAGAGCAGUGAGGUGGAGCUCAGAGUUUUUCGUCGCUGCAGUUUUUGGGAGUUUUCGGUCGGACUGAGGACAGAGUCGUCAUGGUGACCACCGAGACCCACCAGAGCCAGGACUUGCUGGUCCCCUCCCAGAACCAGGACCUGCAGGACCUGCAGGACCAGCAGGAGGAGGACCAGGUCUCACCCUCGUCCCCUCUGGCAGGACUGGACCCGGAGACGAUGGCUCAGGGUCCCGUCAACGCCAUCACGGUCCUCACGCUGCUCGACAAACUGGUCAACAUGCUGGACGCCGUCCAGGAGAACCAGAAUAAGAUGGAGGUGCACCAGGUGGAGAUGGAGGGCGUGGUCAGAGGGAUCCAGGCCGACAUGACCAAACUGUCCAAGAGCCACAGUCACACGUCCAACACCGUCAGCAAGCUGCUGGACAAGAGCCGCAAGCUGUCCGUCACCAUGAAGGAGGUGCGAGACAGGAUGGAACGUCAGGGUGUCCAGGUGAAGAAGCUGGAGGCAAACCACGCCCACCUGAUCAGCAGGAACAACUUCAAGGUUCUCAUCUUCCAGGAGGAGAACGAGAUUCCCUCCACUGUUUUCGUGAAGGAUCCUCCUCCAUUCCCUCGUGAUGAGAUUUUGGAAGAAGGCGAUGAAUCGGUGGCGGGUGUCGUCGAGGGCAACCAAUGCCAGGAGGGCGGGCUCCAUACCAUCGACCUAUCAUCUGACGAGGACGUCGGGCUGGAGGCUGAGCUGGAGGACGAGGAGCUGUGGCCACAUGAUCUGGAGAACAUGGAGAAAUCCAGAGCCGAGAAACUGAAACGUUCCAGUCUGAAGAAGGUGGACAGUCUGAAGAAGGCGUUCUCCAGGCAGAACAUUGAGAAGAAGAUGACAAAGAUUGGAACAAAGAUCGUUUCUCAGGAACAACGAGAGAAGAUCAAACAGAGAACCUCCAGUCUGAAGGUUUCCCCUCUGACCUUCAGCAUCAGGAAGCCUCGCAGCAGCUCCGACUCUCAGCCUCCUGACGCCUCCCCUCCGGUGGGGGAGUCCGUCACCGCCGAGGCCGACGUCCAGCUGUCCCCGCUGGCCAGCUCUGACCAGGAAGUCCCCUUUACCGAGGUCCAUGCCCAGCUGGCUCCGGCCGAGCAGGAGGAGAGAGAGGAGGAGCAGGAGGAGGUGAAGGAGGAGGAGCAGAACGGGGAGGAGGAGCAGGAGGAGGUGAAGAAAGCGGAGGCGUCCGGCAUGGAGGCGGAUGUGUCGGUGGUCUCAGAGGGAGUCAGUGAGGAGUACGCUCUGUCCUCCACCCUGCUGCAGGAGGAGAAACAGGAGGAGUGCUAAACACACGAUCCACAUCAAUGUUCCUUUAGAACGUCGAGCUGUUACCUGCUGAAUAUCGCUGUUCUUGAUAAAGUUCCUCAUAUCUGAUCGUCUCUGCUGAUGUUCUUCACACGUGAACACAAAAACUAAAGAAAACAAAACAAAACAUGGAUCUCCAACUUUUUAACUAAAAGGCAAAAACACGUUUCUGAUUUUUAAAGUUUCGAAUGAAGUUGUAGAACUUUAACGUUAUGUUCUUCAGCUGAUCUGAAAACCUUAAAAAUAAGAACGCUUUAAAGGUAGAGAUCCGUGGUUCUUUAGUUUUUGUUUGUUUUAUACUGAUAUAAACUUUAACAUACAUGUAACAUUUCAAUCAGCGGGACCCAAAAAGAACCUGACAAGGUUCUAACAAACACAGAGAACUCAGGGGUCACUGAGGUAAAAAUGGUGCUUAACAGAUCCCUGAGAAUACAAAAUGUUCCUCUAAUGUUCCACAAAUGAUCCCCCAUACAGUCUAAUGUCAUACUCACCUUGAGGUUCCUCUUAGGUUCUACCACUGUUUCCCAAACAUUCCUCCGAGAUUCGUCAAAGGCUGCCCUAACUCCAAAGGCCAAGGUUCCUUCUAGAGUUCCUAGAAUAUUUUGUGAAGUUCUACUUCGAAUAUAGCCUUAACAUUCCCAUAAAGUCCUUCCAAGGUUCCUCAAAGACUCUUAAAAUUCCCAAAAGAUCCCUAUAGUUAAACUUAAGUACUUAUGAGGUUCUCCUGUGAUUGGACAAAGUUCCCCAAGCUUUCCCAGAAAGUUUUACUUUUUGGUUCCUCCGGGGUUCCCCUUAAUAUUCCCCUACGUUCUGCCUGAGGUUCCUCUGAGGUCUCUCAAAGAUUACCACAGGGUUCCUACAAGGUACCUCUGACAUUCCACUUGGGUUCCCUCAAGGUUCCACUGAGGUUCCAGCUUGGUAGUUUUCUGAAGGUUCUCCUGUCUGUUAGAACCUGUGUUCCUGAGAGGAACUCUGCUGUCUGAGAAGUUUUCAUUAUUGUUAUUAUUAUUAUUAUUAUUAUUGAUGUUUGGUUUCUUUUGAUCAAUGAGCUGAUUGAUAAGCAGCCUGUCGACUUUAACCCUUUAUUAACCACACAGGAGUAUUAAUGACUGUCACAGCGACACAAACACUGAUCAGACUGAUCGACGAUCAGACUGAUCGACGAUCAGACUGAUCGACGAUCAGACUGAUCGACGAUCAGAAUCAUCAUGUUUGUUGUUCUAUAUUUCUAUGUUUAUUUUUACACUAACAGAACGUUUCUGCUGCCAAAGAACAUUUCCUGUUUGACUCGAGUCAGACUGAACCAUGUAAUCAAUAAACUCUGUGUAACCCUCUGA